AUGUCGCAGGAACAUCGGCGACGACAUUCUCGCGACCUGUCGAAGCAGACGAAAUACGUCGAAUUGGCGCUCAUUGGGGACUAUGAAUAUGUGAAGCAGCAUGGCUAUUCUGACGAGGACUCUUUAACCUACAUGCUUGAAGCUGUCAACAUCGCCGAUUUAAUGUUCUCGAGAGAUAUGAAUGUUCGACUAUCGGUGGUGUACGCAGAGAUUUGGCUCGAUGUUCAACGAGUAGACCUCUUCGAAGACAUUGAAAGGACCAUGAGUGGAGUAGUCGACUAUUCAACAGGACACAUCUACAAUAUUGCGAAGGAUGCGAGUAUUUUAUUCACUGGUGGUUCGUUUGCGAACAAAGAGGCAGUUAACGCAGUUUUUCGCAGUAUUUGCACAGCAAGAUCCACGACGAUAGUUAAGGUAAGGCAGGUGAUAUGUUAA